CAACAACCGUACCGAAUCAGCAACAGCAACAGCAACCUUCCUCCUUGGUACCUGUAAAGCAUCAGCAUGGAUGACUAUGGUGAUGGCGACGACGCCGGGCCCGAGUUCGGCGAUGGCGAGUUCCACGAAGAUAACCUCAUCGACGAGGACAACCUCGUAGAAGAUUACAACGCAGACGACUUCGCCGCUCAACAGAAUGGUGAAGGUAUGGAUGUGGAUGGCCAACCGAACGGCCAGGCGCAUCUGGACAGCACAGACUACACGCAGAACGCUCAGAACGUAGUGGUCAGCGGCGACUCACACCACGACAAUACAGUCAAGGGUGUGAAGAGCAAGAAGAUAGCCGCCGACAAGCGCACAACCACGCCGUACAUGACUAAGUACGAGCGGGCUCGGGUGCUGGGCACGAGAGCGCUACAGAUCAGCAUGAACGCGCCAGUUUUGGUGGACGUGGAGGGUGAGACGGACCCGCUGCAGAUCGCCAUCAAAGAGCUUAGGGAGAAGAAGGUGCCGUUGGUGGUGAGGAGGUAUCUGCCUGAUGGAUGGUACGAGGAUUGGACAUGCGAGGAACUGAUCACCUAGGAGCUGGCCAGGGCCCAGCAUGCCGAUCUUUUCUACACCAAAGGGUAGGGGAGUGAUCUCUAACAGCGCUGCGAUUGACUUGGUGGAUCUAGCGAGGCGUCUUGGCGUUCUCACGAGCCGUCUACGGCUGUGUAUUUCACGAUUACGGUAUGGUGGUGUCAACACACCCGAAAACGACAGCCAUGUCUGCAUUUGAAUCGUUUAUAGAUCAUGCACUCACUGCAUCCUUUGCUAGCCUGUUCGACCAUUAAGAGGCUGUAGACCACCAUGCUGAUUGC